AAACAAAACUCCUUCCUUCCCGACGCAUCCGAAUCGUGGAACGAGUGUCAAAGCCUUUGAGUUCUUCUAAAUAGUAAUACCCUGCCUAGGAAACCCGUGAAGACUUACUGCACUAUGAGCCCUACAACGCUCGCUACCCCGGAGGAGAUGAAAGCCGCCAGGCUCCCAUUAGGAUGGAGGGACCAAUGUUCUGCCCUUCUAAUUCCGCUGAACAUCUGCCGCAGAGACAAGAACUUCUUGCCUUGGGAAUGCGAACACGAGAAACAUGCAUAUGAAAAGUGUCAAUACGAUGACUACAUGCGCAGAAUGUCCGAACUAUCGAAGAGGAAGAGAGAGGAGGUGUGAGGCGGAAGAAUACCCGUAGACAUUGUAUACAUCGUCGAAAUCUAAACGCCUUGAGAGUGUACGAACGCCCGGUGUCUCCCCCGCCUACGGAAAAGUCACAAACGCGAAUACCAUCUUUACAAAGUUUCACGGACAACCCCUAGCACGUUCCUCGCAAAUUCCUGACAAUCAGAGCAUUGAUAUCGGAAGGAGCACUUCGAGCUUGCUUGAACGUUGGCUGUCUGUAUGUGGUCAGCGCUCUGAAAGGGAUGCGUGAAGGCGCAGGGCUAGGCAGAUCUACCUAUCAGGCUGAGAUAGAGGUGUCGAGGGGCACCUUGUUGUCGAUGUACUCAGACGAGGUGGGCACAACUAACGAGAUAAUGGAUGCAA